AUGGAGUUGAAUGUAAUGGAGAUGGAAGACAGGUCCCGAGUUUUCAUCAAGGAAGGAAAACUGCCUAAGGAUAAAGCCGAGGCCCGAAGACUAAGAUAUAAAGCGGCCAGGUACGUGGAGUAUGAUGGGCAGCUAUAUAAGAGAGGUUUUAAUCGGCCACUACUGAAGUGUAUAGAUGGAGAUGAGUGUACCUACGUGAUGAGAGAGGUCCAUGAGGGCAUCUGCGAAAAUUAUUCAGGGGGUAACUCUUUAGCAGUGAAGAUUCUAAGACAGGGGUACUACUGGCCAACCUUGAGAAGCGAUGCUUUUGACUUUGCCAGGGCAUGUUUGAAAAUUCCUUACAAGCUGAUCUCGGACAACGGAAAGAAAUUCGAUAGCAAGGAGCUGAGGGGGCUUUGUGUUGACCUUGGCAUCAAGAAGGAUUUCACAGCGGUGUGCCACCCUCAGAGCAACGGACAGAUAGAGGCGGUGAACAAAAUAAUCAAGCAUACCCUGAAGACGAAGCUGGAGGAUAGCAAAGGAAACUGA